GAGCUUGUGGUGAACUACAAGAAGGGCGGAGGAAGUCGCGUUGUGCUAAAAGUAGACCUUCAGAAGGCUUACGAUUCGGUGAAUUGGGAUUUUCUGUUUGGUGUGUUGUUGGCUAUAGGUAAGCCCUUUCAGUUUGUUAGUUGGGUGAGGGCUUGUGUUACUUCACCUAAGUUCUCUGUGAUGAUUAAUUGUUCCCUUGAAGGAUUUUUUCCUGGUAGGAAAGGGUUGAGGUUCCAUGAUCGGUGUGAGUGUUUGGGCCUAACUCAUUUGGUUUUUGCAAACGAUUUGAUGAUUUUCUGUGCAGCUGAGAGAGAUUCUUUAGAGUUAAUGAGGCAAGUAUUGACAGAAUUUGCAAAGCUAUCUGGGUUAGUAGCAAAUGUUGGGAAGAGUUCCAUGUUUGUUACAGGUGUGGAGUCGAGGGAGAGGAUUACAGCUCGUAUUAGAAGCUGGGCAGCAAGGUCCCUCUCUUUUGCUGAGAGGUUACAGCUUUUUAGGUUUGUUUUACAGUCUUUUCAG